UUAUCAUUCUCAUCCUCUCCAUAUGGCUUUUCAAUCCUACUUCCUUUUUAGUAUUCUUUCUCUGAUUACCUCCUCCUAUCCGCCUCUUGCUCAGCAGCCUUAUGCAGGAUUGGCUAUUUAUAAAUGUAGUAACACAAAUGAAUCCACUUCUGUUCUUGGCUACACUUGCAAUGGCCAAAACCCAAGUUGCCAAUCUUAUCUGAUUUUCUGGUCUCGGCCACCAUACGACACUGUUCUGUCAAUCUCAGAACAUUUGGCUUCCCACCCAACUCAGCUCUCAGCCAUAAACUCAGUUUCUGAAGCUGCAACUUUCCAAACAAACAAGAUGGUUAUUGCUCCUGUGAAUUGUUCCUGCUCAGGUCAGUAUUAUCAAGUGAACUCAUCUUAUGUUUUUAGAAAGGAAGAUACUCGGUACAUUGUCGCAAAUGAAAUACAUCAGGGCCUGUCUACUUGCCAAGCAGUGCGAGUUCAAACCAGUUAUUCGAGAGUCAUACCUCCUGAUACAAAGAUUACAGUUCCUCUUAGGUGUUCUUGUCCUACUAGGAAUCAAAGUAGUGAUGGUGUGAAGUAUCUGUUGAGUUAUUUAGUGGCAAAAGGAGAUUCCAUUGGGGGUAUAGCCCGGAGGUUUGGUGUUGACGUCCAAAGAAUUCUCUAUGCCAAUAGCCUUUCUAACAUUUCCAAAAUCUAUCCUGCUACAACUCUUCUCAUUCCUCUGUGGAAUCCACCUUCAAGUUCUCAAACUAUAAUGCCGCCUCCGCCUCCGCCUUCAUCCCCUCCUCCAUAUAAAGGCUCGAACAGAAGAUGGGUUCCUCCGGUUAUCGGAUCUGCAGUAGUUUCUUUCCUCUCGUUUGCAUUCGUCAUCCUUUUCUAUGUCUUCUGCACAGGCAAGAGGAAACAUAACCAAUCUCUCACCACAGAGGAACUGCAUAAGCGGUCGGCCUCGCUACCCCAAGAACUUCUUUUGGGUUUAACUGAUAUUGGCCACACCUUAAACGUGUAUGAAUUUGAAGAAUUGCAACACGCGACUGAAGAUUUUAGCAGCAGGUGUAGGAUUGAAGGGUCCGUCUAUCUCGGGACCAUCAGAGGGGAUGCGGUCGCGAUUAAGAAGAUGGAAAGAGAUGUUUUAAAGGAAAUUAACAUACUCAAAAUGGUCCACCAUUUUAAUUUGAUCAGGCUUUUGGGCGUAAGUUGCAACGAAGGUCAUUGGUACGUUGUUUAUGAGUAUGCUGAAAAUGGGCCCCUGAGUAUGUGGAUCCAUGAUGAAGUCGGCUCAAAGGAUUUGAAUUGGGUGCUGAGAGUACAGAUUGCUCUCGACGUUGCAAAUGGUCUUAACUACAUUCACAGCUAUACUGACCCAGCCCAUGUUCACAUGGAUAUAACAAGCAAUAACGUUCUUCUAGAUGGUGAUUUCAGGGCUAAGAUUGCUAAGUUUGGCAUGGCGAGACCCACCGAAGCUUGGGACGGUGGGUUUGUAUGGACGGGACAUGUCGUUGGGACGAAAGGUUAUCUGGCACCUGAGUACUUAGAGCAAGGUAUGGUUUCUCAGAAACUUGAUAUUUAUGCUUUUGGAGUCGUGAUGUUGGAAGUGAUUACUGGAAGAGAGGCUAUUAUUUCAUGUGAAGGUGAACAUAGGCUCUUGUCAGAGACCUUCCUAGCCUUACUUCACGAAGAAAAUGCUGAAGGAAAGCUUAGGGACUUGAUGGAUCCUUCUCUGCAUGGAAAAUUUCCAUUGGAUUUGGUUAUGAUCAUGGCCCAAUUGAUCGAAGGGUGCUUAAGGAAGGAUGCGGUGAGUCGGCCGAGCAUGGAUGAUGUUGUGCAGUCUUUAUCAAGAAUUUUGGCUGCUUCGCUGACUUGGGAUUUGUCGAACAAUACCUACGAGAUUGGAAGCUCUAGCCAUGGCUAAUAAGUUUCUUGCCAUUUCAUGCUGUCCACACACACACAUAUAUAGCCGAAUGCUCAGCUGCACACCAGUUCGUACUGAACUUGUGCAAACUUUUUUGAGAACUCAUCAUACGUGAUGUGAUUUCAAAAUCUGAACGGUCCACGUGAAGCCGCACCUCAUGAUAAAUAGUGUACAUUGUUCAGCCAUCAUGUAUGACUUUCUCAACCAUCUUAUUUUGCUUAAUGAAUUUAGACUACUAACCAUUUUAUUUGUUGUUGUUGUUGUUCAUUUUUUUGCCGCCUAUUGGAUGGUUAAAGAGUGACCCACCAAUGUGGCUAAGGCAGUCUGGAUUGAGAACUAGAGGACUGAUUUGAACUCCCAUCUCCCUCAUGGGAGGGACACUAUUUCUGCUCUUUA